CAAGGGGAGGAGGAUACCACGUGUGAUCAGCACCAUGUACAGCACUGUCCUUCCCCCCCCUGUAUACUUGUUUCUGUAAGCUUGUACCCUUCGCAUGUAGCCAGCUAGCCGGAGAAGCAGAUCUAUUUUUCUAUUUCCUCUGCAGACUCGCUUAAUAUCAGGCAACGCAGCUGGAAGGGAUUUCUGUUGCAACACUGACUCCCGACCAUGGUGAGCAAGACCGAUGACAUCCCGGCGUCAGUGCCUAGCUGUAAUCCGACCGAGUUUGCGGAUGAAGCAGGCGAUGGAGCACAGGACGGCAAAGAAACCAGCAAGACAUGCGUGAAGGAUUCCUGCGGCUGUGGGCCCGGUGCAGAUACAGCCAUGGUGAACGGCGAUGGGGCCCACGAGCGCACGGAGGCGGCGGAUCCCAAGCAGGACGCCAUCAGAGAGACGGACGGAGGAGAGGAUUGUAAUGAGCAGGAAGUGAUUGUCAUCCAGGACACCGGCUUCACCGUCAAGAUCCAGGCGCCUGGAACCGAGCCAUUUGAUCUGCAGGUCUCUCCACAGGAGAUGGUUCAGGAGAUCCAUCAGGUGUUGAUGGACCGGGAGGACACCUGCCACCGCACCUGCUUCUCCCUGCAGCUGGAUGGAAACGUGCUGGACAACUUCGCUGAGCUCAAGUCCAUCGAGGGCCUGCAGGAGGGCUCCCUGCUCAAAGUGGUGGAAGAACCGUAUACAGUGCGCGAGGCUCGCAUCCACGUGCGCCACAUCAGAGACCUGCUGAAGAGUCUGGACCCGUCUGACGCCUAUAACGGGGUGGACUGCAACUCCCUCUCCUUCCUCAGCAUCUUCACCGAUGGAGACCUUGGAGAUAGUGGCAAGCGGAAGAAAAAGGGCAACGAGCUGGAGCAGAUCGACUGCACCCCUCCGGAGCACAUCCUGCCUGGCAGUAAAGAUCGCCCCCUGGUUCCCCUGCAGCCACAGAACAAGGACUGGAAACCUCUGCAGUGCCUGAAGGUCCUGACCAUGAGCGGCUGGAACCCUCCACCUGGAAACAGGAAGAUGCACGGCGACCUCAUGUACCUGUGCAUGGUGACCGUGGAGGAGCGCCAUGUCAGCGUCACCGCCUCUACGCGCGGCUUCUACCUCAACCAAUCGACUACUUACAACUUCAACCCUAAGCCAUCCAAUCCCAGCUUCCUAAGCCAUUCUCUGGUGGAGCUGCUGAGCCAGAUCAGCCCUGCCUUCAAGAAGAACUUCACUGCCAUGCAAAAGAAAAGAGUACAGAGACACCCGUUUGAGAGGAUAGCCACACCGUUCCAAGUGUACAGCUGGACAGCGCCGCAACUAGACCACGCCAUGGACUGCGUGCGAGCUGAGGAUGCCUACACCUCCCGCCUGGGUUAUGAGGAGCACAUACCUGGACAGACCAGAGACUGGAACGAGGAGCUGCAGACGACCCGAGAGCUUCCCCGGAAGAACCUGCCUGAACGCCUGCUGAGGGAGCGGGCCAUAUUCAAGGUCCAUAGUGACUUUGCAGCCGCUGCCACUCGAGGCGCCAUGGCAGUAAUAGACGGAAACGUAAUGGCCAUCAACCCCGGCGAGGAAACGCGCAUGCAGAUGUUCAUCUGGAACAACAUCUUCUUCAGCCUGGGCUUCGACGUGCGGGAUCACUAUCGCGAGCUGGGGGGCGACGCCGCCGCCCACGCCGCGCCCACCAACGACUUGAACGGCGUGCGGGCCUACGGGGCCGUGGACGUUGAGGGCCUGUACACCCUGGGGACGGUGGUGGUGGACUACAGGGGCUACCGCGUCACCGCCCAGUCCAUCAUCCCCGGCAUCCUGGAGCGCGAGCAGGAGCAGAGCGUCAUCUACGGCUCCAUCGACUUCGGGAAGACGGUUGUGACUCACAGCAAAUACCUGGAGCUUCUGGAGAAGACCAGCAGGCAACUCAAGGUCCACAGGCACAACGUGCUGAACGAGAAAAAUGAGGCCGUGGAGCUUUGCUCAUCCGUCGAGUGUAAGGGCAUCAUCGGAAAUGACGGCCGACACUAUAUCCUGGACCUUCUUCGUACCUUCCCUCCCGACCUCAACUUCCUGCCUGUGGAUGGAGAGGAGCUGUCUCCAGAGAGCCAACGCCAAGGCUUCCCCCGCCAGCACCGCCACCGCUUGGCUUGUCUACGCCAGGAGCUCAUCGAGGCCUUCGUCGAGCACAGAUAUCUCCUCUUCAUGAAGAUGGCGGCGUUGCAGCUCAUGCAGCAGAAAGCGAACAGGGACGCCAAGGCCGGCGUGCCCGCCAUCACAGAGACCGCCGAAGCCCCCUCCGAGAGCAACGCGGACACGGCCCCGACGCAGACCUCCGAGUCUCCAAGCGCAGCGGGCGCCUCCGCGGACAGCACGGGCCGCACGGAGAGCAGCGCCCCUGCUGCCACACAGGACAAAAGCUGCCCGAAGCCCGCCGUGAACGGGGUCCUCGAACCCGCGCCCACCGUGAAUGGGGAGUGCAAGAGCCCCCUGGAGGGCAAGGAGCUUGAGGAAAGUAUUCCUGGCUUAGCUCGAGCCAAAGAGCUGGCGGAGACCUUAGUGGCCGAAGAUGGAUCUUGUAUUGAUCCGAAAAGCCGCGAGGUUGUCCUCAACGCCUGCAAGGCAGUCGGCUCCAUCAGCAACACGUCUUUUGACAUCCGCUUCAACCCGGACAUCUUCUCCCCAGGAGUGCGUUUCCCAGACGACAGCGCCGAUGACAUCCAGAAGCAGAAGCAGCUUCUCAAAGACGCCGCUGCCUUCCUGGUGUCCUGUCAGAUCCCAUCACUGGUUAAAGACUGUUUGGACCACAGCGCUCUGCCCAUGGAUGGAGCCACGCUGACGGAGGCCUUGCGACAGCGAGGCAUUAACAUUCGCUAUCUGGGCACAGUUCUGGAGUUUGUGGACAAGACUCCGGCCAAAGCCCAGCUGGAGCACUUCUAUAGAAUAGGAAUCAGCGAGCUGAUCACCAGAUGCGCUAAACACAUCUUCAAGACCUACCUCCAGGGUGUGGAGUUGUCUGCUCUCUCUGCCGCCGUAAGCCAUUUCCUCAACUGCUUCCUGAGCUCCUUCCCCGACGCCGUCGCCCACCUGCCUCCCGACGAGCUGGUGAGUCGCCGCAAGAGCCGCAAGCGUCGCAACAGGGUCCCCGGCGGCGGCGACAACACGGCGUGGGCCAGCCUGACGCCCAACGAGCUGUGGAAGAACAUCGCCUCCGAGGCCAAGAGCUACUAUCACUUCACCCUGCAGUGUGAGAGUGUGGACCAGGUGGUGGAGAAGUACGGCUUCCAGAAAACCACUCUGCUCAGAGAGAUUUCAGUCAAAACUGGCAUCCAGAUUCUGAUGAAGGAGUAUAACUUUGACAGCCGCCACAAGCCGGCCUUCACGGAGGAGGACAUCCUGAAUAUUUUCCCUGUUGUGAAGCAUGUGAACCCCAAAGCCUCCGAUGCUUUCCACUUCUUCCAGAGUGGACAGGCCAAAGUGCAGCAAGGCUUUUUGAAGGAGGGCUGCGAGCUGAUCAAUGAAGCGCUUAACCUCUUUAACAACGUGUACGGAGCCAUGCAUGUAGAGAUCUGUGCGUGCCUCCGCCUGCUGGCACGCCUUAAUUACAUCAUGGGAGACCACGCUGAGGCCCUCAGCAACCAGCAGAAGGCUGUUCUGAUGAGCGAAAGAGUCCUCGGCAUCGAGCACCCCAACACAAUUCAAGAAUACAUGCACUUGGCUCUGUACUGCUUCGCCAACGGGCAGCUGUCGACCGCCCUGAAGCUGCUCUAUCGCGCCCGUUACCUCAUGUUGUUGGUGUCUGGGGAGGACCACCCAGAGAUGGCGCUGCUAGAUAGUAACAUCGGCCUGGUGCUACACGGAGUGAUGGAGUAUGAUUUGUCGCUGCGGUUCCUGGAGAAUGCCUUGGCUGUCAACACAAAGUACCACGGAUCCCGCUCCCUCAAAGUGGCCCUCAGUCAUCAUUUGGUUGCGAGGGUCUACGAGAGCAAGGCGGAGUUCCGCUCCGCGCUGCAGCACGAGAAGGAGGGUUACACCAUCUACAAGAACCAGAUGGGCGAGGCACACGAGAAGACCAAGGAGAGCUCAGAGUUCCUGAAGUAUCUGACCCAACAGGCUGUCUCUCUGCAGAGGACCAUGAAUGAGAUCUACAAGAACGGCUCCAACGCCAGCAUCACGCCCCUCAAGUUCACUGCCCCAAGCAUGGCGAGUGUGUUGGAACAGCUCAACAUUAUCAAUGGCAUCAUCUUCAUACCACUCAGCCAAAAGGAUCUGGAGAACCUGAAAGCAGAGGUUCAGAGGCGGCAGCAGCUGCAGGAACUGGGGAAGAGCGAGGAUCCCGCUGAGGACAGGCCACUGGAACUAGAGGACAGAAUUCCCAUUGAUUAAUGCAUACAAGCCCUCGGCACAGCUACUUUCUGCUAUGCGGAGGGGGGAAGG